AUGAGCUUCGGCUCGGAGCACUACCUGUGCGCCGCCUCCUCCUACCGCAAGGUGUUCGGAGACGGCUCUCGCCUGUCCUCGCGCCUCUCCGGAGCCGGCGGCGCGGGCAGCUUCCGCUCGCAGUCGCUGUCCCGCAGCAAUGUGGCCUCCUCGGCCGCCUGCUCCUCGGCCUCGUCGCUCGGCCUGGGCCUGGCCUACCGCCGGCCGCCGGCGUCCGAAGGCCUGGACCUGAGCCAGGCGGCGGCGCGCACGAACGAGUACAAGAUCAUCCGCACCAACGAGAAGGAGCAGCUGCAGGGCCUCAACGACCGCUUCGCCGUGUUCAUCGAGAAGGUGCACCAGCUGGAGACGCAGAACCGCGCGCUCGAGGCCGAGCUGGCCGCCCUGCGCCAGCGCCACGCCGAGCCGUCGCGCGUCGGCGAGCUCUUCCAGCGAGAGCUGCGCGACUUGCGCGCGCAGCUGGAGGAGGCGAGCUCGGCGCGCGCGCAGGCCCUGCUGGAGCGCGACGGGCUGGCCGAGGAGGUGCAGCGGCUGCGGGCGCGCUGCGAGGAGGAGAGCCGCGGGCGCGAAGGCGCCGAGCGCGCCCUGAAGGCGCAGCAGCGCGACGUGGACGGCGCCACGUUGGCCCGCCUGGACCUAGAGAAGAAGGUGGAGUCGCUGCUGGACGAGCUGGCCUUCGUGCGCCAGGUGCACGACGAGGAGGUGGCCGAGCUGCUAGCCACGCUGCAGGCAUCGUCGCAGGCCGCGGCCGAGGUGGACGUGGCUGUGGCUAAACCAGACCUGAGUUCGGCGCUGAGGGAGAUCCGCGCCCAGUAUGAGUCCCUGGCCGCCAAGAACCUGCAGUCAGCCGAGGAGUGGUACAAGUCCAAGUUUGCCAACCUGAACGAACAGGCGGCGCGCAGCACCGAGGCCAUCCGGGCCAGCCGCGAGGAGAUUCACGAGUACCGGCGCCAGCUGCAGGCACGCACCAUCGAGAUUGAGGGCCUGCGUGGGGCCAAUGAGUCCUUGGAGAGGCAGAUCCUGGAGCUGGAGGAGAGGCACAGUGCUGAGGUGGCUAGCUACCAGGAUAGCAUCGGGCAGCUGGAGAAUGAUCUGAGGAACACCAAGAGUGAGAUGGCACGCCACCUUCGUGAAUACCAGGACUUGCUCAAUGUCAAAAUGGCUCUUGACAUUGAGAUAGCAGCUUACAGGAAACUGCUGGAAGGUGAAGAGACACGUUUUAGCACCAGUGGGUUAAGCAUUUCAGGGCUGAAUCCACUUCCCAAUCCAAGUUACCUGCUCCCACCCAGAAUCCUCAGCUCUACCGCCUCCAAAGCCUCCUCCACUGGGCUGUCUCUUAAGAAGGAGGAGGAGGAAGAGGAGGCUACUAAGGUAGCCUCUAAGAAAACCUCCCAGAUAGGGGAAAGUUUUGAAGAAAUUUUGGAGGAGACAGUGAUAUCUACUAAGAAAACCGAGAAAUCAAAUAUAGAAGAAAGCACCACUUCAAGCCAAAAAAUAUAA